UGCCACAGCAGAUGGUUCGUGUUCAACAGGAAAGGGAACUGGUGAGCGCACUUUGAGGUGAGGUUUCCUUCUGUGUGACUACAGCAGAAGACAGGUAACAGAGAACGCACCGGUGUGUAGUGGGAUAACGUGUCACAGUUGGUGUCUGCCUGUAAGAAAAGUGGCUUUUUGAAUAGGGACAUUGCUUUUUGCCAGGUUCUCUGUCUUGCUGAAAUAUUGUCAACAAGCUUUCCCUAACAAUCGGUUAUGGCUUCCAAAAAGACUUUCAUUCUCCGUCUGUGUUCACUCUACCUGUUCCUGUUUUUCAUAUUUUUGUUGAUGGACGUCUAUGCUAGACCUGCCAAUAAUUCAUACAAAGACAAAGCUAGCAAUAGCAAAGAUGAAAAUGAAAUUCUUCCACCAGAUCACCUGAAUGGAUUGAAAAUGGAAAUGGAUGGACAUCUGAACAAGGACUUCCAUCAGGAGGUCUUCCUAGGGAAGGAAAUGGAAGAAUUCGAAGAAGAUUCGGAGCCCAGAAGAAAUAGAAACAUGCUUAUUGAAAUAUUUGCAAAGGUUGAUGCCAAUGAAGAUAAAAUGAUUAGUGCCAAAGAGAUGCAGCGCUGGAUCAUGGAGAAGACAGAAGAACAUUUCCAAGAGGCAGUUCGGGAAAACAAGUUACACUUCAAAGCUGUGGAUCCUGAUGGUGAUGGUCAUGUUUCUUGGGAUGAAUAUAAAAUCAAAUUUUUAGCAAGUAAAGGCUUUGAUGAAAAGGAGGUAGCACAAAAGAUUAAAAAUAAUGAAGAUUUAAAAAUUGAUGAAGAAACUCAGGAAGUAUUGGAUAACUUGAAGGACCGCUGGUUCCAGGCUGAUAGCCCACCUGCUGAUCAGUUACUUGAUGAAGAUGAGUUCCUCUCCUUCCUUCAUCCUGAGCAUAGCCGAGGAAUGCUGAAGUUUAUGGUUAAAGAAAUUGUCCGAGAUUUGGAUCAAGAUGGUGACAAGAAGUUGACCUUGGCUGAGUUCAUUUCUCUACCAGUUGGAACUGUUGAGGAUCAACAGGGUCAUGACAUAGAUGAUGAUUGGGUCAAAGAUCGGAAAAAGGAGUUCCAGGAGGUCAUUGAUGAAAACCAUGAUGGAAUUGUCACUAUGGAAGAGUUGGAGGAAUAUAUGGACCCUAUGAAUGAACAUAAUGCCUUAAAUGAGGCUAAACAGAUGAUAGCAGUGGCAGAUGAGAACCAGAACCAUCAGCUGGAACUUGACGAAAUUCUGAAGUAUAGUGAAUACUUUACUGGCAGUAAGCUAAUGGACUAUGCACGAAAUGUACACGAAGAGUUCUAGAUGUGGACAGCACCUUUUUACAACCAGCAGCAAACUUUAUGUUGGUGCUACAUGUGGUCUGUGUAUAUAAACGAACUGAAAUGAUUUUAAGCUACAAGUUGUAUGUUUUUGUGAAUGUUUAUUUUCAUGUGGAAAAAUGCGCUUUGGGCUGGCAGUGUAGGUAGAGGCUUUAAUGAUAUUUUAUCAAUGCGUUUUAUCCCUGCAGCAACCAAGGGUGGAAUUUUCAUUCUGUCUUCAUCAGCAUACUUUGAAUUGGAGCAAGUCACGUAAUCUCUUCACAAUGUUAUGAAAUAGUCCUUGAAAGCAAGUGCAUUUCCAUUGCAGGCCUUAUAAUUGGGAAGUGUUUAAAUGUUUGUCAUGAUCACAGUUCUCAUCCAUGCACAGCACCUUUACUGUUGAAGACUUCAAAAAGUGGUGACUUUAUUUUUUCUAUAAAAUGUGCAAGAAGCUUUUGCAGAAGUAAAUUAUUGAUCCAUUUUCA